AAAUAAUAAUAACAAAUCAUUUUAAACAAGCUUUUUUAAGCUCCGAACCGCGCCUACGUCGACAUUGGGCAGAACCGCUGGGUUCGCCAUUACCGUCUAGCGAUGGCGGACGGUGAAUGGAGAGCGAUACUUCGGAGCCUGACGGAAAUCGCCAACGAAAUCCUCGAGAUAACCGAGUUUAAUUGCGUAAUCAAAAAGCCAUGUCGAAAUCUCAGUAGGAGAUUGAGGAUUUUGACUCCCCUUUUUGAGGAAUUGGGAGAGAUCAAGGACCUCAUCUCGGAAGUAAAUAUGAAAGCUUUGGCCUUUUUGAAGGAUUCCAUGGAGAAAGCAAAGGAUUUGCUCAAAUUUAGUAGCCGAGGCAGCAAGAUUUACAUGGUACUGCAGAGAGAACAGAUCAUUAGUGAAUUUCGGGAACUUGAGGGUCUUUUUGAACAAGCUUUAGGUGGAGUUUCCUUUGGAAAACUGGAUAUAUCUUCUGAACUUAAGGAGCAGAUUGAACUUGUGUGUGCUCAGUUUGGAAGAGCCAGCAAACGGCUUGAUGCAUCUCAUUUAGAGCUAUACGAGGAUUUUUCAUUUAUUUAUAACCACACGAGUGAUGCCAAUAUUCUGCAAAUACUAUGUAAAAAGCUAGAACUGAGGGGUGCUCAAGACCUUAAACAAGAGUCGUUAGCUUUGGAGAAGAUGUGUAUUAACAGUACUGGAGAUUUGCGGGAAGGUAUGGAAGAAAUGUACAUGGUGCUCAAGAAGUAUAAAGAAUUAUUGCAAGCAGAAGAUGUCGUCUUUAAUAAUUCUGGAAGUGACGAUUGUUCUCCAACUGGUCAGAAGAUUCCAGCGUACACCAAUGUAUGUUCCCAAAAAUUAGCUAUACCGGAUGACUUUCGAUGCCCAAUAUCAUUGGAAAUGAUGAAAGAUCCUGUAAUUAUCUCCACAGGUCAGACGUAUGAACGAGCUUGCAUCAAGCAAUGGCUUGAAGCAGGACAUAGAACAUGUCCAAAGACACGUCAGAUUCUUUCCAGCACUUCAAUAAUCCCCAACUAUGUUCUAGUUAGUAUCAUAUCCAACUGGUGUGAGGCAAAUAAUAUGGAGCCCCCCAGAAACUCUAUCACUUCAAGCCUAAAUAAUGCAGCUUCUUCCUGCUCUGUUGAAGAUGUGGAGCUUGACAAUCUUCUUAGAAAGCUCAAAUCCAACAACAUUGAGGACCAGCGAUUUGCUGCAGCCAACCUCCGCCUUCUUGCAAAGCAUAAUAGUUGCAACCGCUUGCGUAUUGCUGAGGCUGGUGCUAUCCCUCCCCUUAAUAACCUUCUCUAUGCAAAUGACAGUCUCACCCAAGAGCAUGCUGUCACUGCAAUCUUGAACCUGUCUAUUCGUGAAAAUAUCAGGGGAAGCAUCAUGUCUUCUGGGUCUAUUCUUGGUAUUCUUCACGUGCUUGAAAAUGGGAGUAUGGAAGCACGAGAGAACGCUGCAGCUACCUUUUCUGUCUUGUCAUCGGUGGAAGAGUACCGAAUGACAAUUGGUGCAUCUGGAGCAAUCCCAGCUCUUGUAAUACUGUUGAGUGAAGGCAGGCAUAGAGGAAAAGUUGAUGCGGCAAGAGCCCUUUUCCAGAUUUGUAUAUAUCAAAGAAACAAGGGACGGGUAGUGAGGGCUGGAGCAAUUCCCCAGUUGGUGAAUAUGCUUUUACAAAAUGGAGGUGAAAUGGUUGGUGAGGCACUGGCUAUCAUGGCAUUAUUGGCUAGCCACCCUGAUGGGAAAGCAGAAUUAGGAGCUUUGGAUGUUGUUCCAACUCUAGUUGAACUAGUAGCGAAUGGAACUCCUAGAAAUAAAGAGAACGCAGCUGCAGUGCUAGCACACCUUUGUCUUGGAGGUCAUAAACAUCUGUCACAGGCUCUAACACAUGGUUUUGUGAAUCCUCUUUUAGACCUAGCGGAAAAUGGCACAGCGAGGGCCAAGCUAAAAGCCUUGCAAUUGCUCAAGCUUGUCGAAGAAACUCAUAUGCAAUCUGAUGGUCAGAUCAGCUCGAACUAGGGCAGCAGCUAUAAUCUUUGCCAAGCAUUUAAUUUGUAUAGGGACGGUAAUAUUUAUUGUUGUCCUAGCAUUAUUGUUAUAUCUCAAAGCAACCCCGUUUGCAUUAGGCUAAAUAGUUAUAUUUGGAGAUAAUCUUAGGUGUUUGAUUGGGGCAAAAUACUGUAAGCAGUAAGAGUUGAGCCGCACUUGGGUGCAGAUAUUUCGUGUUGUCAGCUAAAGUUUGCUAAAUGUUUUUUUUUUUUUUUUUUUUUUUGUUUUUGGUCAAUUUGUAAUCAAAGCUAAACUAAUUCACUUUCAUUGAAAG